UUUACAGUAAAAGCUAAGUUAGGCGUGCUCAGGAAGACAGUCACUGACAGGCAAGUUAUCUGGAAAUUCUACAGCAAGGACAUUCUGGGGGUCGACAGUGGAGUUGGCGACUGGGAGUAGAAAAGGAUUUUUUUCUUCUGGCAGCAGACACGACGAUAGAGAUGAUGCAAACAAAAGAACAUCGCAAGAAAAGGCAAGUGGCCAUUUUCAUUAUAUUGGUGUUUUGGUGGGAGGUGGGUUCAGAAUCGAUUCAGUAUUCUGUCUGGGAGGAGCAGGAAAGUGGCACGUUUGUGGCCAGCUUGACAAAAGACCUGGGACUCGGGGUGGGAGAACUGGCUGCGCGGGGCGCCCGGGCUGUUUUCAAGGGGAACCGGCAGCACUUGCAGAUUGACCCACAGACCUAUGAUUUGCGGGUAAAUGAGAAGCUGGACCGGGAGGAGCUGUGCGGCUUCACUGAACCAUGCUUGCUACCCUUUCAAGUGUUACUGGAAAAUCCCUUGCAGUUUUUUCAGGCUACUUUACAAAUCAAAGAUAUAAAUGACCAUGCCCCUGAGUUCCCAGCCAAAGAAAUGCUACUAAAAAUAUCAGAAAUUACUACACCAGGGAAGAUAUUUCCUUUGAAAAUGGCCCAAGAUUUAGAUGCUGGUAGCAACAGUCUUCAGAGCUACACAAUCAGCUCGGACCCUCACUUUCACGUUCUCACUCGCGAUCGCAGCGAUGGCAGGAAGUUCCCCGAGCUGGUACUGGACAAAGCCUUGGACCAUGAGGAGCAGCCUGAACUCAGGUUAACCCUCACAGCACUGGAUGGCGGGACUCCCCCAAGGUCCGGGACUAUCAGGAUUCAGAUCCUGGUCUUGGACAGCAAUGACAACGCCCCGGAGUUUGCUCAGGAAUUCUAUGAGGUGCGGAUUCCUGAAAACAAACCGCUUGGCUCUUUGGUUAUCACGGUCUCUGCAAGAGAUUUAGACGCAGGAUCUUUUGGGGAGGUAUCUUACUCCCUAUUUCAAGUCGAUGACAUAAACCAGCCCUUCGAAAUAAACUCAAUUACAGGAGAAAUUCGACUAAGAAGGAUGCUGGAUUUUGAGGAAUUAAAAUCUUAUCACGUGGAUGUUGAAGCCAUAGAUGGUGGGGGACUAUCCGGGAAAUGCUCUUUAGUCAUCAAGGUUCUGGAUAUGAAUGAUAAUGCCCCCCAAUUGACCAUGUCCUCACUCAUUAGCCCCAUCUCUGAAAACCUGCCAGAGAUCAUGGUGGCAGUCUUUAGUGUAUCAGAUGCAGACUCCGGACAAAACCAACAGGUUGUCUGUUCUAUAGAUGAAAAUCUUCCCUUUGUUCUAAAACCGUCAGUGGAGAAUUUCUACACUUUGACAACAGAGGGAGCGCUAGACAGAGAGCUAACCGACGCGGCGGCGCCCGACGCGCAGGCCGACCGGCUCACCGUCUACCUGGUGGUGGCGCUGGCCGCCGUGUCGUCGCUCUUCCUCCUGUCUGCGCUGGCCUUCGUGGCGGCGCGUGUGUGCGCGAGGAGCGGCGCGGCGGCGCGGGGAGGCUCGCCGGGGCCCGAGGGCCACUUCCCGGGCCACCUGGUGGACGUCAGCGGCGCCGGGACGCUGUCCCACAGCUACCAGUAUGAGGUGUGCCUGACGGGAGGUACUGGGACCAGUGAGUUCAAGUUCAUCAAGCCCAUUCUCCCCAACUUCCCUCCCCAGGAUCCUGGGAGGGAAGUGGAGGAAUACCCCAACCUUCGGAAUAGCUUCCCAUUCAAUUAAAUAUUGUACUAUUCUACUAGGCCCUACUUAGUAAGAUUAGAAAUCUCUUUUAAUUUAAAAUUACAUGUUAUUGGUGCAUGCUAUUGAAGGUCUGUUCCUUGAUUAUUUUACUACUCCUCUUUAUGGUCAAACAUUAGUCAUACACAAUAUUUCCCCAUUAAUGUGUCCAGUUUUUUU